CAGAGAAAGAAAGCAAACUGGGCUGGCAGCAGAAUGGCUUUGAUUUCAGUGGAUCACACACCGCACUAUACAAAAACAAGCUUUGGAGCAGAUGCCAACCUUCUGAAAUUCUAUUCCACAACAUAUUCCACAUCGUAUGGUCAUGAAGGAUUUGAACCCAGAAAAUGCGAGGAAUAUGGGUCUGGAUAUGUGACCAAUCAAAGACCUGUUUUAUGCUACUCAUCAUCUUUAGACAGAUUAGACAACCCAAUCCUUGGGCAGCUUUUGCGAGACAAUUAUAAUUCAAUAACCAAGAAGGACUUUGUGAAGUAUGAUCUCCCAGAUGGCAAAGAAGACUUUCCUCACAAGUUACAUUCUGUUGGCAGUGGAUUCAUGCGGAAAAAGCCACUGAACUUUCCCUACCUCAAAGAUAUGAAAGAAGCCCAUAUUGACACAAGGGACCAUGGACCAUUCUCUAUCACAGGGAUUGAACCUAAACACAUACCCUUCCUACAGCAAAUUCAACCACGGGACUCAGUGAUGCAAGAAAAUGGAGGUUAUGGACCAAGCUACAUGUCCACAGAAUACAGUACUAAAUACAAACUCAAACCAUUGGAUUUGCCAGUUUUCUCCCAACACAAAACAGUGGGGAGAAAGGAGAACACCGGGUUCACAGAAGGUUCUCCUCUGAAACCCAUCACUUACCAUCACCCAUUAGCAUUCCAAGGUGACCUGCCGGGGUAUUGCACAGAUCGACCAACUGGAAUUUCCAUAACAAAAUCAGACUAUCUACCUUCUGGAACUUUACAUGGAGAUGAAUUUUUACCUGCUGUGGCAAAUAAGGCUGACAGAAACACUGGUUUCACUCAUAGAGUUGGAUUAUCACUGGAUACCGCACUGCCAACUGAACUACAGAACCUUCCCACGGCUAAAGCAGAAAAGUUAAAGAAGGAAGACCCAGCUGAGUACCUUAACAGAAGCCAUCUUGAUGAACCUAGCAGCAUCAACUCCCUGACCUAUACGUACCCAGAACAUAAACCAUUAAAAACAGAACUGCUGGGGAAUGUUAGUGUUGGUGCUAAGGAGCUUACUGGAUUUAGUAGCAAUGAAAACAUCUAUGUACAUCCAGCCAAGACUGCAACAGAUGCUGACAGAUUUUUGACAAGUUAUAAACUUUGGCAUGACGACAAAACUCCAAAAGGAGAGGAUAGAGAAGGUUGGACAAGGGGAGGAAUUCAGAAACAGUUUCCUCACAGUUAUGCUGUUAGCUCCAAGAUACAUCAGCAUGGCCCAGACUACAAUGCAACUGAAACUUUACGCCGGAUUCACCCCCAUGUGGCCAGGACAUUAAAGUCAGUUGAUGAAUUUUAUGAUGAUCACACUUAUGACCACAAAUUGCGUCCGCCUGGGCUGACUCUCUGAGGGUAGCAGUGGUUUACUUCAGUGACCGUUUCUUCAGUGGAAGCAGAAAGUAAUUUCUCCUGAACUCAAUCCCCCUUUAACAAUGUGGUAUUUAUCAGUUUGUAGUUGUUCUUCACACAGACAUCCCUUCAACAUUUGGGGACAAGAGUAUCCCAAGAAGACCAUGUUGAGUGAUGUUAUUUCUCUAUGCUUAGAUAAGUAUUUGUUGAUCCUGUUGAAUAAUGGUUGUUAGGGAAUGUAAUUGAUCAUUUCUGAUAUGACUGAACUUGCAUUCCAGUUUAAAUGUGCCAUCACUUCUAUUUCAUUAAAAAUAAAUCAGAUGGGAAACAGUUGACUUUAUACUAAUCCGGCAUUUGCA